AUGCUGGAAAUUCGAGAAAAUGAGGCACAGUUCUCGAGCCUGGUCCUUAAGGUCUUCAAGAAGAUCCUCAAGUUAGAAGAUAAUGAGCUCCUCAGUCCCAAUAAGGAGUAUAUUGUUGACAAUAGAGUGGUCAAGAUUGGCCAAUGUCAUCUGUUUUUAGUUGAAAAGGAAUUGUGGGAAUGGUCCAGUGUUGAAGAUAGAGAUCAUGUCAAGACUCUUGAGAUUGAGAAAGUAGUGGAUAAUGAGGUUGAAAUUGACGCUCAUGUGAUUGGUUUGAAUUUGAAGCUAGAGAAAGGCCAGUCUGUUCUUAUUCACUUGGCUACCAGAGGAGUUAGUCAUGCUAUAAUUCGAAUCUGCAAGAUGAUCAGUACAGAGGGCAUGGACAUUGUCUUGAACUCGCUCUCUGGCGAGCUCUUUCAUGCCUCCUGGAACUAUGUUGCUAAGUUCGGCAAGAUGGUCAAGCUGGGGAAGAAGGACAUUUCAGACUUUGGCAAGCUACAGAUAAAUAAUUUCUUGCUAAGCCGGUCUUAUUGCUGUGUUGAUAUGACCCACCUUGCUCAGAAGAGGCCCGAGCGGGCCAGAAGAAUCCUGAAGAAAUGCAUUGAACUAUGUGCAAGAGGAGAUAUUCAACCUCUCCGGCCGACUGCCAUCUUUGAUGCCUCUAAUAUUCAAGAUGGUUUCUAA